UAUAGUAAGUUUAUAUUUUAAAAUAAUAAACUAGACAAAUAAAGUUAAUAUUAUUUAUUAUUUAGACUCCAUCCGAAGAUAGUGGGUACUCCACUCACCGAGAGUCGCAGAUGGGUAUUUGGUAUCGCACGUUUUCACCAAUUCAUUCACCUGCAUCACCAUCAUUACCACGGUCAUCUCAAAACCCUUUUCGAUCUUUGUCACCGAUUCAGUCUGAACCAUCCUCACCCGACAUAUUCAUGGAUACAACGCCGAGACCCCUUGUGCUAAGAGUGAGAAAUGAUUUGUUCCCGGAAGUUGAAACACAGUCAACUAUCUCACCCAGCAUGUUAAACCUGCCUUUGCUUAGACCACCUCGGGUACAUAAUUUAAUUCCUGAUACAUUGCAACGAACCAUGAGUCCCACUCCAAAUGAAUCCGAUAACGGGUAUGACAUACAGUUGAUUGAACUUAUGAAUGCGUUCGAGAAUAAUUGGGGCCAAGACGGUUAUGAUGAAGAGAUGAAUCGUCAUAUGGAUGCAUACGAAGGUUCAAAAAAACAAAUGUAAAAUAAUAAUAAAAAAAAAAAAUGUAUAUAAUAAUAAUAAAUUUUUCUUUAUAACCAUACGACA